UUGUGAUUUCUUUCAGUACAAGUAUCAGAUUCUAAUUGAUGGUACAGUAGCUGCCUAUAGAAUGCCAUACCUCCUUGCAGGAGACAGUGUGAUUCUGAAGCAAGACUCUAUAUACUACGAGCACUUCUACAAUGAGCUCCAGCCCUGGAAACAUUAUGUACCAUUUAAGAAGGAUCUCAGUGAUUUGCUUGAGAAAAUCCAGUGGGUCAAAGAUCACGAUGCAGAGGUAAUGCAAAACCAGUGAACUACUAAGAUGCUAGGUUGAAAAAUCCCAGAGAGUCCUGUAAAGGGCUCAGAAAUUCUUAAAAUAUGAUUGUGACAAAUUAACUCUUUAAAACAAUUACAUUUAACACAAUUGUUUGCUAUAUGUUGUAACUAAAUUCUCUUUUUUUUUUAUUGAGUUAAGUGCACAGACAUAACACCUAGUGAGAUAAACAAAAUGUGAUGAGCGAACAUUGCAGGAUACUUUACAGACAUUUAAUAAUACCAAAUUUCUUGUAUAGAAGUAGCAAACAGGCAAGACUGACAUGUCUAUACUGAUAAUAGACGCUAUACUGAUAAUCAGGUGAGAAUAGCUAGAUAUGUAGAUCGUGACUAAAAAAGAAUGAUGCAUAAGAUGUGAGGUAAGGAAACACGUCUACACGCCCCCCUCAACGUCCUCUGUUCCUGUACGUCCAGUGGUCUGAUCUUAAUGUGUCUGUUAUUCCUCCCAUUGUACAGCGCUACGGAAUUUGGCGCUAUAUAAAUAAUAAUAAAAUAAUAAUAAUCUGCCAUACUUAGUUGAAACAUUCAGAGUAGCAGUAAGGCAAGACAUGGUAAGAAACAUCAAUACUCAAGGUGACAAACCUAUCUAAGCAAUAUAGUCAAAGUUAGUUCAUAAGUAUUAAGUUAAUUAAGAUUUACUUGCAUAUGAAAUCCGUUACUGAGGGUGAAUACCCUCACAAAAGCCCAUAACAAAAUGUGGGACACACAGAGAAGCACCCCUUAACGAAGGCUACCCUUAACCCACCCCAUGCAAGAAACCGUGUGGAUGACCUAGAUGUGUGGAUUAUGGAGUAUAUUCACUGUUUUAAUGCAAAAACUCUUUAUUUUUUAUUUUAAAAAGGCUAAUCUUUAUGUAUAACUGUAGGUAGAGUUAAAAUGUAUUAUUAGACAUGGACCGCAUGGGUGGAUAGGUGUGCAACGGCCAUUACCAGCAUGCUGUGUGUGCUGAUGUCAGAUGUCCAAUCUGACCAAAAUUCACAUUAGCCAACCCAGAACUCUUGUUCCAGGCUGGCUAAUGAUACUGGCAGAGGUGGAGUUACACCUUCAGCAGCAACAGGAUUUAACUCUGCAUGUUCAGUGUUUCAUAGAGAUGGUGGUCCUGGUGCUUGAAGAAAUCCAUUUGUGUGAUGCUCUGGCCCUAUACUGAUUAAUGGUAGUAACACGUUAUCCAUUUAUCUUACCCAUAAAUGUAGGCGAGUGUGAGCUUAUGUGCGUACUACAUUUUUUAGGCUUGGUGGAUGUAGGAGACUGAGUGUGUAUAAGUAUACAGCUAUGAAGCAUUGUGUAUGUUUGGCAACAUGAUGUGAAGUGUGCAUAUGUAUGCAUAUUUGAACAUGUGUGCAUGCAUGUAUGAAAGGUAAUGCUGUGUUAUUCCACCCAUUAUUGUGAGGUAUGAUUGGGAUGGGGGGACCUAAAUAGGCAAGUAAAUAGUGACUCCACCGGUGAUACCCAGCAUGGAUGGUUCCACCAGAGAGGAAACUGGGCUGACUGUAGAAGGGCCAUGUCCGCCUGGCAGGAAUGUCCACUUGGCUGACAGUCUUCCAGCCAUCUCCACUCAGGGCAUACCAUUUAGAGAGCACUGCGUGCUUACUGCAUGUUCCUACUGCUCUCAACACCGCUUGUGUGCCUCUAAUGACUCUAGUAUCCCCAGAUGCAGGAGACAGGGGAACAAAAUUGGGAUGGAAGGAUAGGAGUCCAAAAUCGGGACCAUCCUGCUAAGGGAUAUGUUCUCAUUAAAUUUUCGGUUGCAUUUUGUAAAUAUUUAUUACAUUAAAUGAAACUUUUUUUUUUUUUUUUCUAAUUGACGUAUAUUGAUUUGUUUAAGAAAUUUUUUCUUUUUCUUAUCUAGCUGAGAAGCCAUGUUAGGUGAGACUCUACUAUUUCCUGGACAACUGCUGCUCAAUCUUAACUUGCCUGUAGCUGCAGUUUCACAUACAGCAAUCAGAGCAGCAGGCAAGUUAGGCUGAGCAGUAGUUGGUCAGUUUGAAAAAAAAUCUUAAACGUACUUGAAUCAAGCGCCAAGGCCAACUUCACCCUGUAGCUUAAUCCUCCAUAGCUGACAUCACUUGCCAGAAGGAGGACAUGAAAGCUCAUAGUGCUUGGAGUAACCCUUUAAAAAAACACACAAAAAAACAGAUAAUGGUGUGCAAUUAUAUCUGGUUUUAAAAGGGGUUAAAAUGAGUAACUAAAGUGAAGAAUAAUGUAUCUGUCAUUAACCACUUCACUACCAGAACAAACUAUUAACGUUUUUAUUUUCAUGUACUUUUACAGAAUGAAAUCAAGCUCGCCAAAACCUCGUUCACCCACAUCCAUACUCUAUAAAUGAUUACACUAUACUGAGGUCUAUGGAAAAACCUGCAAGACUGCAGGAGCCUCCAUAGAUCAUGUCUUGCAACGACCGAGAUUAUGCCUGGAUCCUACUGGUGGGGCAUUUAUGAUGACUGCUGGUAUUGGACAAAAGUUGACGGUGGAGGUACGCCUUUUGGUAACCUCAGGCUUGUUCAUGAGACAAGUCUUAUGGAAUCUUUUGGAUUGAAUUGGACAUUCAAUAAAAUUCCAACAUAGUCUGCAUUAGUAUCACAUAAAGAUUAUAUAUUUUUAUGAAAUACAAGGUGUCAGAGCCGCUGACCAAAAACAGUCCUUAAGGACUGCUGAUGUACCUAGUACGUCCACAGCGAAAAUGAGCCGUCCUUAUUAUUUACUGAUCGCCACCGUUCCCCUGCCGGCAAUUGGUUUUGCUCCCGGUCUGGGGGGACUACCUGACGGCCUAGACAGUCCCCAUUUGGCAAAUUACUGUUUUGAAACAAUAAUAUUUGUGUUCAGCGAAGUCUUCUGAGUAUAACAGUACCCCCAAUAUACAGGUUUUUUUAGUGUUUUUGAAAGUUACAGGGUCAAAUAUAAGGCUUGAUUUCCCAUUUUUUCACAUUGAAAUUUGCCAGAUUAUGUUGCCUUUGAGAGCGUAUGGUAGCCCAGGAAUGAGAAUGACCCCCUUGAUGGCAUAUCAUUUGCAAAAGAAGACAACUCAAUGUAUUGCAAAUGGGGUAUGUUCAGUCUUUUUUAGUAGCCACUUGGUCACAGACACUUGCCAAAGUUAGCGUUCAUAAUUGUUUUUUGCAUUUUAACCCCUUAAGGACACAUGACAUGUGUGACAUGUCAUGAUUCCCUUUUAUUCCAGAAGUUUGGUCCUUAAGGGGUUAACACACAAACAAAUGUAAAUGCUAACUUUGGCCAGUGUUUGUGACUAAGUGGCUACUAAAAAAGACUGGAUAUACCCCAUAUUGAAUACCCUGGGUUGUCUACUUUUAAAAAAUAUGUACAUGUGAGGUGUGAUUCAGAGAUUUGACAUAUAACAGUGUUACUGUCAGGAAUAGCUGAUGCCCAACACGCAGAACUUAAAGGAGCACUACAGUGCCAGGAAAACAAACUUGUUUUCCUGGCAUUAUGUAGUCCUUAGGUCCACCCCACCCUGAUGCCCCCCUCCCGCUGGGCAAAUGGGUUAAAACCACUUCAGCCACUUACCUUUCUCCAGCGCCGGGCUCCCUCUGCGCUGGUGACCUCUCUUCCUCCUGCCGACGUCAGCACCGUAUGUGCAGCGCGCGCACAUUCAAACCGCCCAUAGGAAAGCAUUACUCAAUGCUUUCAUAUUGAAGGCAGCGUCUUUUCACUGUGAUUUUCACAGAAUCGCGUAAGCGGCCUCUAGUGGCUGUCGGUCAGACAGCCACUAGAGGCUGGAUUAACCCUCAGUUUCACUGAAACUGCUAUGUUUUCAGCUGCAGGGUUAAAACUAGAGGGACCUGGCACCCAGACCACUUCAUUGAGCUGAAGUGGUCUGGGUGCCUCUAGUGGUCCUUUAAGUAAAAAUAAAAGAAAACCCUAAGACGUAUUAGCCGGGCCUUAGAUUGGACAGAUUUAACGUAUAAAAGAAAAAAACCACAAGACAGGAUAUGGAUAAGAACGCUAAACCAUGAAAAAGCCAAGGGUCAAGGAAUAGCCAGGAGCCAAGCCAAAGGUCAUGGAAUACAGAGAUUGGAUAGUCAGAAGGAAAGCCAAGUUCAAAUACACUAGAGUCAAUACCAGAAAUGAGCUCUCGGAUAACCACGACAGGGCACAGAGAAAUGGACAAAAAUGUGUGUCUAUAUAUAGCCUGAGGUGCUCCCUGAUUGGCUGCAGGGAAGCAUGUGAUAGUGGACGUGUGUGUGACACAUCCACACAUUCAAAAUGGAAUGGCACUCUAAGGGUUAAUUAUAAACCCUUAAAAGCAUCUAAUCUGCAGCGGCCGGCGUCUCUAAUGAUUGCAGACCCGGCCGCUGUGUAAGGGGGAGGAGCUACCGUCAGGAGCUUAGGUGAGUGAUGGGCGGCAUUCCCAUUAACACGUAGGAAUGCCGCCAGACAGAGAUGUGCCCGCCGUGUCCCAAUCCGCUCUCUGGCAGGAGCGGACCCAGCAGGCGGCGUGACCAUUACAAUGUCAUUAUUGAUACAUUUUAAAAAUAUAUAUUUUGAAACAUCAAUGUCCUACUUGUGCCCUAUAACUUGCAAAAAAAAAGCCAAGAACAUUUUAACAUUGGGUGUUGCUAAAUUCAAGACAAAAUUUUAAAAUUUUUAAAAUAGUUUUUAUAUGUACAUUUUAAGCCUCGUACAUUUUAACUAUCAUUUCAAAUAAGGGUACUUUUAGAAAUAAGAGCCGUAUUAUAAACUACUCCCAAUAUUUACACAAGUUGAAAAUGUAGAAAAUACAAAAAACUGUAGUAAGAAUAAAGAGCAUAAUUAGAUUUUGAACACCAUGGUAGGAAUAAAGCUAUUUAUUCUAAUUUCCAACUUGCAAUUCUUAAACAAUGUAUUGUCUUCCAUCGUUUCAACCUCUCUUUCUUAUAUAAAUAAAUGCACUUAGAUUUCCUAGAAUUUAUUUAGUACUUUUUGUGAACUAUUUUAAAUAAGUUGAUAUCCUAUAUAAUUUAUUUAUUUAUUUAUAUAUUUUUUUAACUAAUCACAGCUUUGAAGAGAGAAAGAAAAUGGAUAUUUCCAUGUCCUUUUUAUUAAUCGGAAUAUGUUCUCAUUAAAAAUCCAUUUACUAAAUUUUCUUUAGUUUAUAAUAAAACAUGCUUUGCAUUGGUACAAUAUUGGUAUUGAUCUUCUUAGUACUAUUGCAAGGAUCGAGUACAUGGAAAUUAUAGACCUUUAAUUAUGAUGCACAUGCUUUAAGAAAAGUUUGAACAUUAAAUUAAAAUACUCUGCAUUCAUCUAAAUAUUUUCUUCAACACAGGCCCAAAAAAUUGCCAAAGCGGGACAAGAGUAUGCAAGGAAUAAUCUCAUGGGAGAGCACGUGUUCUGCUAUUAUUUUAAACUAUUCCAAGUAAGUACGGCCCUGAGGACUAAACAGUCACUUUGUAGUGAUCUAGUUAAGUUAGUCCAUGUCCAAUGGUAAAGUGCUUAACUCCAACUAGUCUGCUCCACAGCGUGUGGAAUAGUAAAGCCCAGUGUGUCUGCAGAAAACAUGCCACGGAGCUACAAAUUAUGCUAGUUCUAGGUUAAUCAAAGCCUAGGCUCUGCCUGGACACACUUGUAUAGAGAAUACAUUUGAGGUUGAUUUCUUGCCUGUGCAGUGCAAUGCCAUCAUUUUAAUGACAUGGACUUAUAAGAAUCUAUUUCUUGCAAUCUAAAGAAAUAGAGAGAUCAUUUUAUUAUAUGUAACCUUUUGUUGUUAUAGUUUGUUGUAAACUUGUAAUUAUCUUAUUAAAACCAGUAUAUAGGGACCACAUGCCAAAUUCACAAAACAAUUCCGUAAAUGAGUUUGGGUAAAAAAAAAAAGUCAAAUUAUAAAAUAAAUCUAUAUUUACACAAUUGUUGGGUACAACAACAUAAUCAAAGUCAUACAGUAAAUGUGUUUAUGAUCUAUAAAAACUGAAAAAUUGGUAGGCAUGUGUAAAUCAAGAAUUCAAACUAUGAAAAUUGGUUGACUGUGUAUACUAGGUAAGGUUCUGUGUACAGUAGUCUUUAGUAGAUUUUAUCUAAAUCCUUGUUCUUUAGCAUAUCUCUAAAAACAAGUUUGACUUGCAGCAAAAACUAUAUAGCAUUACAUAGAUCUUAUCUAGACUACUGUGCACAGAUAAAUCCCAUGUAGAUAUGUCAUAUCAUGAGAUUUGAUCUUUUGACAUUAUAAAGAUUCCAGCACUGCUUAUUUUUAAUUAUGUGUGCAUGAUAAGCGUAAUAUAGUAACUGAUUCUAAUCAAUAUUAGCACAAAUUGCCUACAGAGUAAGAUCAAAGCAAAAUAACUCUCUCCUAAAUUGUUUUAAAGGUAUAUUCAUUUUAUAUAGAAAGUAAGGUGGUGACAAAACAUGAUUUUCUAAUUUCUCAGUUCUAUGCCAGAAGAGUGAUAGGAUUAUUGGUCAAGAAUGAGUGUCUAAUUUAAUUACUUUCUAAUUACUUUUUUUUGUGAUCGUUCCCCUCAAUUGUGUUGCAUUAACAGAAGUUUUAUGCUUACUUCUGAAUUGUUUUCAGCAGCCUAUAAUUCUAGAUUGCAAAAUUGCAUCAUAUUCUGCCAAGUUCAGUAGCCAGUGUCACCUAAUUUAGAGCAGGUGGCAAACCUGACCAUUAUUGACCAAGGAAUAGACUUUACAUUGUAGGCAAUAGGCCUCAAUAUAUUAUUGAUGGUGCUUAUUUUGUGCAGAUAGCGAAGGAGAAGCAUAUGUGGGGGGGGGAGGGGAAACAAACAAACAAAUAUACAAAAAAAACACUUACAUUUCUCUUACCUUGUCAAUGUGCUGUGUAUAGUCCAUUUAGUUACAAGAUGAAAAAUGUAUUAGUUUUAGUCUCCACUCUUUGAAUGCAUCAGGUCAUAUGAUUUGUUUGUAUUAACUUUUUACAAAAUUAUUGCAUACUUGAUAACCUUUGCCAAAUUGUUAUAUUUCCCAUCUCUCUCCAUUCCCUUUUUUCUUUUUCUUGCCGAUUGUAAUGUGCUGUAGGUUAAGGGCUCCAGUUCAUAGCAUUUUCUUCUGACUUUUAUUGGCUAGUGCCUGUAGUUUGUGAAAUUCCUGACUAGACAAUCUCUCAUGUAUUUCCCGAGCAAACAUUUGGUAUGUUCGUCAUCUCAAAAUGAGCCUAAAAUUUCAAGCUUGAUCAGUUUAUCUUUUUUACAAGUUGUAGCAUUUACCCAUCUCUUUUAUCAGAAAUUCCCCCGCCCUUUAUUUUGUGCACCAUGGAUGGCAAAUGUUUACAAAAACUCUGCCCCUCCCUUGCUCUUAUGGAGACCCUAAUUGACCGAAAAUAUUCACCUGCUGCUAUUUUAAAACAAUCUAUUGCCUGCAAUCUAGUGUCACAGAGUCCAGUCCUUGAUAUCUACGAAGGUGGACUUUUAGGUUUGAUAUUUUUUGCUUACUAAGUUUCCAUCUACCAGUUUACAAUUGUGAUUUAUUUAUUUUUAAACUGAUUUUACAAUCCAAGUAGAAUGUUACCUUGAAAUAUUUAAUAUUUAACACAUAUUAAGAUGUUUAUUGCCUAAACCUUCAGUUUUAUAGUGUUCUUGUCAUGGAGGCCAAUUGUAGUCGAGGCUUUCUUUGAAAGCAACCUCUUUGGCAAGGAUGAAUAUCUUGCUUAUUUAUGACAACCAUAAAUCACAUGCAGCAAAGCAAUUUACAAUGUCAUAAUUAAAUGUCUGUAAUUUGCAUGUACUCUAUCCUUGAAGUCUCAAUUGCUAACAGAGAAAUUACUGAUCAGCAAAGAGUGCAAAUGGUGUUACCUCUUGGAUAAGAAGAACCCCUUGUUCUUCUAAUUCUAAAUAGGACUUUUAUUAUUAUUAUUUGGCAUUUAUACAGUGCCAACAUAGUACACAGUUCUUUAGUUUUAAUAUUAGGCAAUUAACAAACUAUUACAAAUGUUAAUAGGAAGAAGAAAUGAAUGUGGACCCUCAAUGAACAAGCUUACAAUAGGAUAAGACAGCAUUAUUAUACUUGGUAUCAUUUUUCACAAUUUCUGAUAUUGGAUUGUUUUAUUAUUGCACUAUUAAUUACUGGUUGUACCUGAUAGCCUUCUCGCUUUAGGUAGUGCAAGAGUGAUUUGGAGCCAUGUUAAAAGAAUACUCCAAACACCAAUGCAGUGAAAGUUCAUUGGUUGAGAAUGAUCAGCUGACACUCUCAGUGAUUGAGCUGACCCUGCAGGACUUGGUUCAGGAGAGAGAAUGAAAGAUCCUUAACACAGCAGGUGAAGACCCUGACACCCAAACCAAAACCCACUAGAAACAGACAGCAUAAAUAGUCAAUAAUAAGUGUCCUUAAAAAGGCUAGACUUAAAGGGAAACUAUAGUGUAUUCCUAGCACUAUAGAACCCUCUGGAUCCCCUGUCCUCACUCCCCUCCCCCCUUCCCAGAGUUGAUAAAGGGUUAAUUACUCUUUUGUCACUUACUUGAUUUGAUUACCAUUGUCCCUCGGCACUGGUUCAGGCUUUGCCUCCGCCACUCCUUUGCUGAUCUCAUCCGUUGGACGGACCUAAUGUACCUAAUAAUCCAAUGCUUUCCCAUAGGGGUUUAGCUGGUGUUGGAUGUCCUCAUGCAAAGUUUCAGUUAGCGGACCAAAAGUCUUCUAAGGCUCUGGAUGCACCUCUUGAUGCUGUCUAGUAGACCGUCACUAGAGGUGGAGUUUACCCUGCAAGGUAAUUAUUUCAGAAUCUCAAUAACUGCAAUAAUUAUAAUUGCAGGGUUAAGGGGAACAGAGGCACUGCACUCAGAUAACUUCAGUGAGAUGAGGUGGACUGGGUGCCUAUAAUGUCCCUUUUUAAUGGUAAGGAUAAUCAAAGAGCAAGUCAAGAUCGAGGGCAGUAGAAGACCGGAUCAACGGAAUACACAAACCAAAAGUCUUGAGCACAGUGAUUGGAAAAAAUGAUAAACUAUCCAAGGUCAAAAUCACAAACCAGAACUGAAAAGAAAUGCACUAUUGGGUCAGCAAUGACCACAAAAGAGCACCCAGCUUUUGGCAGAAAUAACCAAAAGUGCAAUUGUAUAUGUUUGCAUCAUUCCUGCGCGCCAAAUGGUAUGAUAGCAACUAGGAGCAGACUUCAUGUAACCAUGAUACCAGAGUGACCCAACCAAUACUUAGUGUGUAUUCCAAGUUGCAUAAAAACUAGGCAUGUGCAUGGGGAAAAUAUUCGGUUCGGGAUUUUGGCAAUUCGGGACUUCGGCAAUUCGACACUUAGGAAAUUCGGCAACUCCGACACUUCGGAAUUUCGGGACUUCUAUUGCAGCCGCUUAGUAGAUAACUCCCUAAUUCCCACGGUAUUAGGGAGUUAUCUACCAAAAGGCUGAAAGACUUAAAAAUUAGUAUUAGUAGUUCUUUAGAAUUUUCCCACGCUGUGUAAUUUGACUCAUAACAACACUCUGAUUGGUUACUUAAUCCACCAAUCAGAGUGUUGUUAUGAGUCAAAUUACACAGCGUUGGAAAAUUCCAAAGAACUUUUCCCACGCUGUGUAAAAUGACACAGAGCACUCUGAUUGGUGGAUUUCAUACCAACCAAUCAGUGCUGUGACAGGUAAACCUUAGGCACCCCCUUAUUCUGAUUUAGGGCACCCACCCACCGCUCAGGGGUGGGGGCCCGGGGGAGGACAAUAGGUCCCCCCAUUAUUUUACAUUAGGGCCCUUUUUUUUUUUUUAACUUAUUCAUUCCUGUCAUUACAUUGACUGGCUAAGUAACUUACAUUUUAUAUGAAUCCUGGCUAUGUUUGUAUACUUUUUAUUUAAAAUUGUAUACAAUGUAACAUUCUUCUUCUUUCCCUGGGUAAGUUUAUUAGUACUUAGGCAAUACUGUACUUCGGAAAUUCUGUAAUUUCGGAAACUUCGGGACUUCGGCAAUUCAGACAUUCGGAAGUACCCGAAUGUCCGAAUUCCUCGAAUUCAUAUUCGGACCGAAACGAAUUGCACAUGUCUAUUAAUUUCUAACUAAAAACCAAAGAACACAUUCCUUCUUAUAUUCUUGAUCAGUAUUACAAGGUCACAUGCUAGUUUUUAUGUAACACUUGUAAACUCAGAUUUUAUUUUAGUCCAGUUAUUUUUUUUUUCGUUGUAGGCUUAUGCAAGAUUACAGAUUAAUGAGCCUAAAAUAAGAGAUGGUAUGGAACGUGUAGAGCUGUCACAUGAUCACCUCUUCCCGUGUCAAUGCCAGAGAAAUGAGGUGCGUACAUCUUUUCUACUUUUUUCUGCACUCAUUAUUUUGUAAAAUAUCAUGUUCCUAACAUGUUGUUGCUUAAAAUGUCCCAUUGUAGUUUCAAAUGCAUCCCUUUGAUAUGCUACUAGAAUGCUGUGAGUGCUCUCCCUGAUAUCUAUGUCAAAAUAUUUGAUAUCCCCAGGCCUCUCACAGUCCAGACCCUGCUUGCUGAAUUGCUAAUGCUGAAAUUGUGCUUCCGCAGUACCAGUAUCAAUCUCAUCCAUAUUUGGACAUCAUUGAUUGUCUAAGCAUCUCAGCUGGCAUGCUCUAUGCUUUAAUGCCAUCCAGACAAUCAGUGCUGUCCAAAUAUUGAUUAAAUUGAUAUUGCUAAUCUGCAUUAGCAAUACAGUGAUAGCAGGCUGUCAUAGUGACACCUGGUUUUGGUUAAAUGUCUCGAAAAGAAUCCUUUGAGAAUCAAUGUUUUUCUGUUGGCAGAAAUAGCAGCAAAUACAUAAAUCCAUUUCAAGAUUAUUGGUCCUGUCAUCUUUCUAAAUAACCCCUGUGCAAGUGCUUCAUUAAAAUCAUUGCUGCACUACAUGAUGCAGUCUUUCUAUUCCGGUUUUUAAAAUGGAUAUAUGCUUGCCCCACUGAAGACCAGUGCACUUCAAACAACGUCUUACCACUAGUCACAGUUUUAUUCUUGUCAUUCUUUGGAUGACUAAGUUGUAACAUCACUAAAUACCGGACUGUUAUUAUUUAAAUCCUAUAUCAUGGACUGUGGCCGAUGAAUCUUUGAGCAGUGAUUUGAGAAGCACUACUGUAGACUGUCAUUAUAAGAGACCUAGUUAUUUGAAAAACAAUAAUUAAAAAAACAUACAUCAGUGAUGGUCACUAUCCCAGUGCAUGGAAUAGUUGAGACAUUGUUUGCAAAAAAAGUGAAGUGAUAAAACUUUUUAUGUUGCAGGACAAGGAUGAACUCUGAACCUGACCCAUUUCUAUUCUGAUGCAGUGUCCAAUUCAAAGAUAUGGCAACACUUUUUUUUUUGAAAGGCUAAUCUAUUAAAGUAAUAUAUCUACUACAUUUUGUAAUGUUUUACAUAGCGUUUCUUAUAUCUGAGCAAAAAAAUGAAUUAUAUUAUACAAAUUUGUUUAUACAAUAAACACUUUUUUUGCUUAAAUGAUAUGCCCUGUUUAUUGUAAUGGGUUCUGGUAUACUGCAUAUGAAUUAGUAUGUCUGUGUUUAUGAAUAGUGAGACUUUGUAUUUCCUGUGAGGUAAAAGAGACUGAGAAUACAGGAGUAUAAAAUAAUGUAUUCAUUUAUUGCUUCUGAGAGAGGUGAAAGUGUUUAUACUGCUGAUACCUUAUGCUGCCUGAAAUUUUGUCGAUAUUCUCCUUGUUAGUCUACUGCCAUCAUCAAAAGAAGUGUUUUUAUGGUGCUAGUAGGAUGCAGGCACCGUCCUAUUCAUCUGUGACCUUCACCUGCCAUAAUGCUUAUACUGAAGAUCUACUUUAACAUUAGCAGUAUGCAUUGUCUACAUUUAGAUAACCGUGAUAGACUGAGUGAGUGUGUCUCGCUCCACCACUACUCAGAUACAUAUACCACUUCUUUUUUUUCAAAAUAGUUAGUCAAUUAAGUACAAAGAGCAUAAAUACAAAAAGUAUCAG